AUGGCACUGAGUGUCAUUAUUGACCCCAAAGUUCGCCUCCGCCAGCAUACAUACUGGGUAAGGUCUGUUGAUUGGAGUCCUGAUGGCCAGCUCCUUGCUACGGGCUCUGCAGACAAGAAUUUGAGGGCCUUCGACUUGGAAGGCAAAGAAGCAGACGAUGGUCACCCUGUGACGACCAUCAAGGCUCAUUCUAGUACAAUCAACUCCAUCUCUGCCAGCUCUGAUGGGAAGCUGAUUGCUUCAGGAUCGUAUGACAAGUUGGCGAAGAUAUUUGAUGCAGCUUCGGGCAAGGAGUACCUGAAGAUGGAGUCGAGUCGCAGCCCUGUGCUCUGUGUAUGCUUCUCUACAGAUUCCAGUCAGCUCCUAUCGGGAUCGGGGCAAGGUGAAGUCUUCGUGACGGACGUGGGAAAGAAGAGUCUUGUGCAGACGAUCCAAGCUCAUGAGGGCCCUGUGAAUGUGAUCUGCUUCUCCAAGAGUGGAAAGUACAUGCUGACAGGAGGCGAUGACAAGUGUGCGAAUGUCUUCUCGUGUGACGACAAACAGAAGUGGACCUUCUUUCGCAAGCUCAAGCAUGCGGACAAAGUGACCUCGGCCGCCUUCUCACCUGGAGACGACUUGCUGGUCACUGGCUGUGCAGACAGCAUCGCACGGAUCUUCCGAGUUGGACAAGAGUGGGACGAGGUAGCGAGGGUGAAGGGGCACACAGACGAGCUGAACAGCGUUGCCUUCACCGGGAAAGCGCCACGACUCUAUCUAGCAACGGGCUCUGACGACAAGUCGGCAUUGAUCUGGGAUGUGUCAAAGGUCCUCAUCACCCUCAAGGUGGCAAAGGCGAGGAGCUCGCCUCAGCCCACCGAGUAA